GUAAAAAGCCAACCUCGAGGACACAUGUCCUGCAACUUACGUUCGUUCCGCGACAUUCCAUUAAUCAGAAAGAUUCUCUGUCAAUUGGUUUAACACAAUGGUCAAGUCAGCACAGAUCGCCGCUGUUGCAGCGUCUAUCCUUCUCUAUGGCGCCGAUGCUUUCUACACGAAAGACUCUCCUGUCCUCCAAGUCGAAUCACGAACGUACGACAACCUGAUCGCAAAGUCGAACCACACGAGCAUUGUCGAGUUCUACGCGCCUUGGUGUGGCCAUUGCAAGAACCUCAAGCCAGCAUACGAGAAAGCUGCCAAGUCGCUCUCUGGUCUGGCCAAGGUCGCGGCUGUGAACUGCGAUGAGGAAGCCAACAAGCCGCUAUGCGGCAGAAUGGAAGUCAAGGGCUUUCCUACUCUCAAGAUCGUUCGUCCUGGCAAGAAACCUGGGAGGCCAGUUGUCGAAGACUACAACGGGGAGCGCAGUGCGAAGGGUAUCGUGGAUGCAGUUAUCGAUAAGAUCCCCAAUCACGUCAAGAGAUUGAAAGAUUCGGACAUUGAAGGCUGGGUGGCAGCAGGUACAACACCAAAGGUGCUUCUGUUCACGGACAAGGGUACGGUCAGCGCACUGUUGAAGUCAGUUGCGAUUGACUUCUUGGAUGGCUUGGAAGUUGGGCAGGUCAGGAACAAGGAGACCAAGGCUGUAGAGGCGUACGGUGUCACAAAGUUUCCGACACUGAUGCUCUUACCCGGAGAUGGAAAAGAGCCCGUGAAAUACGACGGUGAGCUGAAGAAAGAAGCCAUUGUCAAGUUCCUCUCGCAAGCAGCGACACCGAACCCAGACCCGGCCCCAAGCAAGAAGAAGCCAAAGACCGAUAAGAAGAAGGACAAGGAUGCUUCGUCGUCUUCCAAGUUCUCGAAAUCCUCGGCUUCACAAGCUUCGAAGCAGGCCGAGACGGACGCCGCCUACCAGACCGACGAAACCAUCGUCGAUAAUCCUACGGACUCUCCCAGUCCCGAAGUUGACCAAGAGCAGAAGCAGAAGCCGAUCAAUCUGCCCAAGCCUGCCCCGUCGAUUGCACAGCUGGCAGAGGAACUCUUGCUCCAGCACAAAUGUCUCAACGACAAGGCUGGAACCUGCGUGCUGGCUCUGCUACCUGAAGACAGCGCUUCCGAGAAGACUGUCGAGGCUGUCCAAAGUCUGAGCGACCUUCACUACAAGCACAAGUCGGCCAAGAGAACACUGUUCCCAUUCUACCAAAUUCCGGCUUCGAAUGCCCAAGCAAAAGCUCUUCGAACCCAGCUCGAUCUUUCCCCAACAGAGGUCGAGAUCAUCGCUACCAACGGCAAGAGGUCGUGGUGGAGGCACUACAAGGGUGCGGACUUCAGACUCUCGGGACUCGAAGACUGGGUCGAUGCUAUCCGUAUGGGUGACUCUCCAAAGUCAAAAAUGCCAGAUGGCUUGAUCGUCGAC